GCCCCCGCCCCGCGGCCCCGCCCCGGCCCGCCCCUCGCCCGGCACGGCGCAGACCGCGCCCGGCGAGCUCCGGCGGCCCCUCCGCGGCCAUGCGGCUCCUCGGCGGCGUGUCCUGCGCUCUGUGGGCGCUGCUGCUGCUCGCCCGCGGCUCCCGUAAUGAAGAGACGAACAGCACUAAGGACGCGAACAGCUCUAUUCCGAUUCCAGGCAGUAGGUUGCCAGACAAUAGCAGUUCACCCAAUGCCACUGCAUCACCCACACAAUCUACAGCAACAUCUUCAGAAGGCGUGUCCAACAGUACUACUAAUGUGACCAGUACCAGUCAGCCCAACACCACCACCACAUCUGUGAUCCUGACAACUCAGCCCAACAAAACCAGCCAGACAGUAACACCCACCACAGCCUCACCAGUCACAUCGCCACAAGCCAACAUUACACUGGUGACCACUUCUAAGACUUCCUCCACUUCUGUAACAGCCACAUCAAAAUCAGAGGCUGUCGUAGUCAAAACCUCCAGAUUUGAUGUGGGCAGUUUUGUAGGUGGCAUUGUGCUGACUCUUGGAGUCCUAGUCGUUCUCUACAUUGGAUGCAAAACUUACCACUCUAGAAGAGGCAUUCAGUACAGAACCAUUGAUGAACACGAUGCCAUCAUUUAAAGGAGACUUCAGAGAAGACAGUUUUGGAAACCCACCCUGUCACAGCUGUCCUAACUUCUGAAAGAGUUUCUUUCAUAAAGAUUAUCACAGUCUCUAAACCUGUCUUGGGUGUUAUCCUGCAAAAUGUUGAGAAGCUUUUAAACAUCCUGAUUUUUUACAUUGGCUCUUGUUAGAGGAACUCAGCACUAUGUAGAGACAGUAUUUUCUUUUUCCACUACUUGUAACCAGAUUUAGAGAAAAUCACAUAUUGACUAUUUCAAGGUACACACAUAACUCUCUGAAAUAGCUAAAUACUAGCACGGGCAAUUGCAUCCAUGCAAUUCUAAGUAAGUUCAGGGUUUCUUUCUAAAAUGUUUUAUUAAAUUGUAUUUAUUUUGAAGUUUGAUGUGAACUUUAGUUUAGAAAUUUCAGGUUUUAAACAACUCAGUUAAUUUUUAAUAGGCUUCAAAGGAGGUGUGGUUAGAUAACUGUAUAGAAGGUGAUAAUGAGUACUCUAAAUGUCAGUCAUUACUCGCCAGUGAGCUGCAGACACUUUCCUUAAUAGGCUGUGUAAGUAUAGUAGCAGCAGGAAACAUGGGCAGAAUGGAAGUAUCCAUCCAUAACCCUUUUCUCUUAAAGCUUCUUUUUUUUCUAGCAUGUUGUAAUGAAGCUCGUGCAAUUAAAGAUUUAAUGCAAAUGGAGAAAAGUAAUUUUGCCAUUAUAAAUAUAAAAAAAUUCUAAAAUUUGCUUUUAAGUUGAAGGUAGCAAUCACUUGGCUCUUGGUUUUUAUUAUUACAAGGCUGUCUGCAGUGUUUUAGCAGCAUUUGAUAAUCAUUCAAAGUUAUAUAGAGAAGGGAAAACCUGUAAGACAGCAUUUUAGCAGACUAUAAACUGCAUUUUUACAGCUGUUUUCAGAACUUGGUCCUGCUGCACAGAUGUACAGAGGUCUGGUCAAAAGCCCAGCUGAAGGCACUGGAGCAUUUCUGAGCACACCUUUAGCUGAAGGCUCAGAUGCUCCAGAGGUCCUGUGCAGGAUGGCUGGUGCUGUUCCCAUGUCACUUCUGCAGGUCCACUCAGGUAAAUCUGCUGACUUCAGCAGAUGGGCUCCUGACUUACACUGCUGUAAGGAAAACUAGAACAAGGAUCAGGAAACACAGGCCUGCAUCUCUUUAAAUCACUGAAUGAUUGUUCAGUCUUGCUCAGGCUUCACUUGUAGACCCGUCCCCAUUGAAGAAGGUUGGUGUGUGGGGUUUGACUGUCCUGGUUACUGCUGGCACCAGCGCCUCAUGCUGGGCACAGGGGAGAUGGUGACAGGUGAGGAACAGUCACAUUGGGAACUGCACACAGGUCUGUUGGGGGCUGGAUAACAGUUCAUCAGGGAAAAUGUAACUAAUCUGGAACAGAUUAUUUUCUUAAGCAAUAGUUUAUUCUGACAUGGAAUGUUAAAGUUGCUAUAUGGAGGUUUCUGCUUUUUCACAUGGAAUAAGUAAAACUGUUUCCAAGGCACAGGCAACUCUAGCAAACCAUGACUAAUGAGUCAUCUUAGUAGCUACUCACCUGAAAAGGGGGUAACAGGGCUGUUUCAUUUUUUUACUGCAUUUGAGGGUCAGGGGAGAAAGAGUGAUGUGAAGUAACUUUCGCAUUUUUUCUUAAUUGUAUUGUUUGCUGGAAUAUUACUGGAUUUGACUUGAAGAGUUAUGGAAACAAUUCUUUCAUAGAACUGUAAUUCCUUGCUCUGUAGAAAUAAAGAUAGUUAAGUGCGACUCGGUUACUGGGAUUGUCUCACCUCUGCUGUACAGACAAAUAAAAUUAAAUCUUUGGAGUUACUACAUUAAGUUAAAUUUUUAGUUUAUUAGCUGGUUUUGUAAUUUUCUCAGUCCUUUCCAGAGUCAUAACCAUUUAAUAAGAAGCAUCCACUGUAUAUACUUUUAAAUGCUAGAAUACCAGACCUAGUUCAUUUUUGCCUAGUUCAAUAAUUUCUAAUUUAUUCUGUAAUCCAAUUUCUUCAAUAAAGCAAAAGUAUGUGCUUAA